AAAUCACCUGUAGAUAAAUUACUUUGUGUAAGUAAAUAAUGCAUAUUCUUUGAUGAAUCCGAUUAAUUUAGGGGCGACGGAACAAAAGAAAUUCGUUAGAAUAUAAUCAGAAACUAAUCGGAAACAAAAUGCAAUGUUCCGUAUGUUACGAUAGUAAUUGUUUCUUUUGGUUGAUAUAAUACAGCCAAACUACCUAAAAUAUAAUUGGAAUAAUUUAGAUACUAACAGGAACUUGUUAUUAUGAGUUGUUUCAGUUCUUACAGCACGAAAACCUUUAUUUUUGUUUGCGUUUACGAUAGCGGUAGAAAACUUGAAAACACUGAUGAACGAAUGAUAAUCUAAUAUGGCAACCGGAAACUCAAUUGAAUGACAGCAAUCAAUCAAUGCCGGACUAUUCUGUGUCUACUACCAGUGCCUCAUUUAGAGGCAAGUAGUAAGUACAGUAAAACAGCCUGGCAAAGAAGUAUCGGUAUGAUGAUGUCAUUAGCGUGGUUUUUCAAUGGCAAUGAACGGGCCCGAGCUCGAUGGACUGAAGUUGUCAAAAACAGCUGUUACGUUAUUUUGGCGCGCAACUAACUUAUAAGUAUAACCGUAGUCCGUAAAGCGUAAACAAAUUUCUUAUUUUAUUUUAAAACAAUGAAAUUGCAAUGUUUAGUUGAAGUAGUGAAUAGGCAACACACAGCUUUAAACAUACGAUCCAGUGGGAAGUACUUAAAAUCCACGUUAGCUCUUGGAAAGGAACCGAAAUGUGCGACCGACUAUUUCAUCAUACACUUCUCAACGGUAAACAAGUCAGGGCUCAAAUACAAAGUUAAAAGCAUAAAGCAAGUGUUCGUGAAGUGUUUGAAUGAAGGUAAAGCGACUAUCCGCUUCGAGGAUCCAACGCAUGACUUGUGUAUCAAGUGUGAAGUGAUACAGUUGAAAUGUUUUAUGAGGUUACUGAAGUCUUGUAUCACGGGAGACACAAAGGGUUUGCAGCUAACGAAUUUGUCGAACAUCAGCGUGACGGGUAAAGAUGUGGCGCCGACGAAACUGGUGGUCCGAGACCGGAGUGAGUUCCCCGCUAAGGGCCUCCCACGGACCCUGGAGUCUCUCUACCUGAGUGAUCUGAAGCUGUGCAACUUCAGGAGAGAUAUACUGCUGCUGCGACAGCUAGUUGUGUUGGAUCUCAGCAACAAUGAGAUAGAGAAAAUACCUCCAGAAUUUGGCCGGAUGCCCAGAUUAUCUGAAUUGUAUUUGGCAAACAACCAAAUUGGAAACAAAGGAGAAGUUGAUUGGAAGUGGCUGUUGGGUCCACAGAUAACAAAGACACUGAAACUGCUUGAUAUAAGUGGAAACAAAUUAGGACACCUUCCAAAAGCUAUAUGGAAGCUACAGAAAUUAGUAACUCUGAAACUGGAUAAUAAUGUUUUGAAAAAGCUGCCAGCUACACUGGGUCGCUUAAAUACAUUGAGAUACCUAACAAUAUCUCGGAAUGAGCUGGAAACUCUUCCAUGCAGCCUGCUCCAGUGCAGACUGGAAUCCCUGGACCUCUCCACAAACAACUUUCAUCAUCAGGAACAAAUACCAACUGCCAUCAAACAUUCCCCAUGGGACUUUUACGUUAACAGCCUUGUGCAUGUCUCUUCAAAAGUGGUUUUGAAAAACAAACUUUACUAUGCUCCAAAUAUAAUCCCAUGGACUCUAGUAGAGUUUCUAGAUAAUGCGAAUAUGUGCGUUUGUGGGGCCCCGGUCGUGAAUGAUAUUUUAUCUAUAAGGAAGUCAUUUGAAUUGAAAGACUAUUUUAGGAUGGUUGUGUUUGAUAACAAUAGGAAUAGCACUGUUAGCUUCGAAUGUUACCUUUGCUCACAGAAGUGUUAUUCGAAAAUUAUUAAAGGUGUAUAGUGUGUGUUUUGUGAUAUGUUAAAUGAAAUAAAGACUGCUAUUUAUGUAC